GCUUUGUGUUGCGCUGAUUCAACAAAGAAGAAGCUCCGCAGCAGCGGCUUAAUGUGAACUGCAGCGCUGCGGGCCGAACCGGACCGGACCGGGUCGGGAUGCUGCGGUAUGGAAGCGAAUGAGUCCCCGCGGAAGAAGCGUGGGGAGGCGGGGCGGCGGCCCGGCGGCUGUCCGUGUCCUGCGCUCCGUGUCCCGCCCGCUGCUGGCCGCGCUGGCGCUGCUCCGCUGGAUCUUCUGCCGGAUCUGGACCCGAACCACGGCCGCUGUCCGGGCCGGGGCCGCCGGCCGGCAACGGGACGGCAGCGGCAGCCCGGAGCGGGGAGAGCGGCUCCGGAGCCACCACCGGCGGGCCUUCGAGUGCAUCUCUGCGGCGCUGAGGAUCGACGAGGACGAAGGAGGGGACAAGCUGCAGGCGGUGGGCUGGUACCAGCAGGGGAUCAGCGAGCUGGAGAAGGGAGUCUCCAUCCAGGUGUCAGGACAGAAGCACGAGCGAGACCGACGGCUGCAGGACAAGAUGGCCGCCAACCUGAAGGCAGCCAGAGACCGACUGCAGAGUCUCAGUAGGUUUCACAGGGAGUCCGUUUGUGGUGGUUCUGUGUCUCUUUGUCAUACAGGUGAUGAUGGUGAUGAUGGUGGUGAUGAUGGUGACACCUGUGUGCAGGUGGGUGAAGGAGAGAAGCUGGUUCGAGCUCUGUUCUCUGUGGCCAGAGAGCUGCAGCCCUCCAUCAUCUUCAUCGACGAGGUGGACAGUCUGCUGUGUGAGCGGCGGCAGGGCGAGCACGACGCCAGCCGACGCCUCAAGACCGAGUUCCUCGUCCAGUUUGACGGGGUGCAGUCGGGCGGCGCCGACCGGGUUCUGGUGAUGGGAGCCACCAACAGGCCCCAGGAGCUGGACGGAGCUGUUCUCAGGCGCUUUGCUAAACGCGUGUACGUGCCUCUGCCGGCCGAACAGACGCGGCUCGAGCUGCUCGACAACCUGCUGCAGAAACACGGCGGCCCGCUGACGCCCCGCGAGCUGAGCCGGCUGGCCAGAAUGACAGAGGGCUACUCCGGCAGCGACCUCGCCUCAUUGGCUAAGGAUGCUGCUCUGGGACCAAUCAGAGAACUUGAUCCAGAACAGGUGAAGAAGGUGGAGGUCAGCCAGGUCCGAGCAAUUGGGUUCUGUGACUUUGUGGAUUCUCUGAAGAAGAUCCGCAGCAGCGUCGGCCCGCAAACUCUGGAUCUGUACGUUCGCUGGAACCGAGACUUCGGAGACUCGACGGCUGUCUGAACUCUUCCAGGACCGGUUCUGUCAAACUGCUCCAGAACAGAGGAUCCCUCCUGUGGCUCCCUACGUGGACUCGGGUCUCGUUGUAGCUGACCACACAGAAACUGCAGAUUCAUGAUUUAGGUGUCGUUGUAGUGGUUUGAGUGGGUUUGUUCCGUGUGGAUCGGAGCUGGAUGUUCAGUGUUUCUCCUCCUCAGAGCGACGGCGGGCUCGACCCAUCGCUGUGGACACAUCAGCUGACAGGUGGGAGGAGCUUCAGUUCUGUCGGGUUGCUUCUCUGCUUUCAGAUGCUGCGGUUCCUCGGGUUGGGUCGUUGGGUUUUCCUGAGCAACAUCUGGAACAAGAAUUCCCUUCAGGAUUAUUGCACUGGUAUCUCAUCUGACCGUACACACUACUGACUAACCAGGAGGAGGACGGUUCUGGUUCUACUGGGUCAGAACCAGGAGGAGGAGGACGGUUGUGGUUUUUGCAGGGCCCGUUUAGAUCAGUGUCGGGCCAGGUGUUGACAGAAUAAAGUGGUUCUGAAUAAAUGUGAUUUUCAGCUCCG